AUGAUGAAAUGUUUUGCAGUUGAAUUGCAAGCUAACGAAUAUCUUGGCAAUAAACUGGUUGUGGAAAGAGUUAGAUGUGAAUGCCAAUUGUUGGGUACAGUUUGUAGAGUUCGAUUGGUACAAACUUUUAUUAACAAGGGGCAAGCACCCAUCCAAACGGCUUACAUAAGUUGCUUACGAAAUGAUAUUUCAAUUUGCGAAUUUUCUUCGUAUAAUUCCUCAACACGGCAAUACUUAUCAUCCAGAGCAUUGGAAAAAAAUACUUUCGAUCGAGGAUUCUCCUGGCUACAUAACGAUGAACAGUUAAUAAAAAAAUUGGAAAAAGUGUUCGAUUGUUCUUCCUUCGGUCAGCUUUUUACGGCCCAAACUGGCAGCGUAAAUGGUGGAGAAUGCAUUGAUGUUAGCUUAACUUACGUCACCGAAUGCCGUGUUAAAAAUAACGAGAUUAAAUUUACUCCACCUAAAAUUGUUAAUAAUUAUUGCGAUGAAGAUCCCUUCCACUAUGACAUUGAUAUUGACCUGUUACAACCCUUAAGAAUAUCUAAUAUUGCCUCACCUACUCAUGAUAUUGCAACAAAAUUUUACAAUGGAGUAACUCGGAUCGUUGUUGACUAUCAGCAGCCGAAAAAUUGUGGCCAAGACAUCCUACUCCAAUACGAAGAGGAAGAAUUGCCUAAUAGUGGACAUUAUCCCAACGUUCUACUAUGCGCUAAUGGUGGCGAAGAGUCCAAUAAUGUCAGCAAUAAAGUCGCUAUUAUGGCUGUUUUCCCGCCUCUAAAACCUAAUAAUGCAAUGAUUGCCAGAGACCUGUUCAUAGAAUGGGGCAACUUAAAUGUUAAAACCCAAUGUCCAUCCCCGAAGCACCUAUUAAGUGCUAUACAUGCUACUAAUUACACCAGUAUCUAUGCGCUCCUUGACGAUGAUAAUUUUCCAGAUGGAGAUAUCUACCUCAAAGGCUAUUGCAAUAAUGAAGAGGUUGUCAUUAGGCCUUCGUACUGUGUCUGUACAACUCUUUCAUUGGCAGAAGAUGCUAUUCACGUUAUGAUUUGUAACUGGUUGUAUCGCGAAAUGGACGCUAUGAAUAAUACGGACGUCGAUGAACUCUAUCAACUAAUGACUGACAAUAAUGUCUUGAGUUCAGUUACAAAAUAUGUGGUAGAAGAGAAUAACUAUCAAAUGUGUGUUGCUAACUUACAAAAUAUCGCUUCUAAUGCUGUCCGACAGUCUAUUGGACAAAAUAUGAAGGAAAAUAACAUGCAACAAAAGAAGCGCAAAUUAACUCCAACAGCAGGAUCAUCAGGAAAGACCAAAGUUUCCUCCAUUCCAUCGUUCGAUCGAGCUAGCUUUGAAAAUGAUGAUAUGAUCAUAGAAGAAGAAGAGUCGGAAGAAUUAGAACAAGAAGAUGUCUUUAAAUAUAAAAACGGCACGGAAGAAAUCACUGUCCAGAUAAAUAAUAUCGAAAAUAAAGCAGUCGAAUCCAACACUAAAGCUAGAAAGAGAAGGCCUACGCCUGUUCCACGAUAUCAACAAUUUUCCGCUGAUUAUCAACGAAUGACAAUCAUCAGGAUGCCUUCCCUAAGCGAAGAUUAA